AUGGCUCGGAAGAAGGUAAAACUUGCAUGGAUUGCCAAUGACUCCACGAGGAGGGUCACCUUCAAGAAGAGGAGGAGGGGUUUGAUAAAGAAGGUCAGCGAGCUCGCCACGCUCUGCGACGUCAAGGCGUGCUUGAUCUUGUACGGGGCGCAGGAGCAGCACCCCUCGGUGUGGCCCUCCUUCCAUGAGGCCGCACGCGUGCUCAAUGAAUUCAGGAGCAUGCCGGAGAUGGAGCAGUGCAAGAAGAUGAUGAACCAGGAAGGGUUCCUGUUCCAACGCAUCGCCAAGCUGCAGGAGCAGCUCCGCAAGCAAGAACGCGAGAAUCGCGAGCUCGAGACGUCGCUGCUCAUGUACGAGGGACUCGCCGGGAGGAGCCUGCACGAUGUCGGCAUCGAGGACGCGACAAGCCUCGCGUGGAUGGUGGAAAUGAAGACGCAGCUCGUGUACGAUAGGAUGGAGCAUAUUAGGAAGGAGCACUUGGCCUCCCGGGAAGUUGAGCCGAAGAUGCACGUCCCACAAACGGUGGCGAUGGAGAAGACUCCGAUGCAGGUGGCGAUGGAGGAACUUCAAAGGCAGAGCUGGUUCGUGGAAGUUGGGUGCACAAGUGAUCAGAAAGUGAAGUUCGGCAGCGGGGACGAAGUGCUGCCACCCUACAACGCCCACUGCAGCCCGUGGCUUGAUCCUUACUUCCCUUUGAAUUAA